AAAACACAAAUCCACUUUCCAGUUUCUCUCUUCACUCUCUUUGAUUCAAUUCGUGAUCGGACCUUUAUCGCAAUCGAGAGAAAGAAAUAAACAGCGACACGAUUAUAAAAAAAAAGAAGCCAAUGGAUUUCGAUUCCAACGGAGGAAACAAACGAGUCUUCAACCGACUCGGCGGGUCAACCCGCCCGCCACCACAAACCAACAACACACGGCAACAAGUCUGCUUCCACUGGCGAGCGGGACGGUGCUACCGAAACCCUUGCCAGUUCCUCCACCGAGAGCUCCCGGGUCCGGGUCCUAACAAAAGGGUCGCUGAUGAAUCCGGGUUCGCGGGUCCGAGUCACCGGAGAGGACCCGGGUUCAACGGGAAUAAUAACAAUAACAGUAAUACGUGGGGGAGGUUUGGUGGGAACAGGACGGUUUUGACGAAGACUGAGAAAGUAUGCAAGUUUUGGGUGGAUGGGAGUUGUAGUCAUGGGGAUAAGUGUAGGUUCUUGCAUUGUUGGAGUAAAGGAGAUGGGUUUGCGUUGCUGACUCAGCUUGAUGGGCAUGAGAAGCUUGUCAGUGGGAUUGCUUUGCCUUCUGGAUCUGAUAAGCUUUACACUGGGAGUAAAGAUGGGACUAUUCGUGUUUGGGAUUGUGCUUCUGGACAGUGUACAAGCGUGCUCACUCUUGGUGCGGAAGUUGGGUGUGUGAUUAGUGAAGGCCCGUGGCUAUUAGUUGGCAUGCCAAAUCUAGUGAAGGCUUGGAAUAUGGAAACGAAUGUAGACCAGAGUCUCAGUGGACCUGUUGGCCAAGUGUAUUCUCUUGUUGUGGGUACUGAUCUACUCUUUGCAGGCACACAGGAUGGUUCUAUAUUGGCAUGGAGAUAUAAUGCUGCCACUAACUGCUUUGAACCGGCGGCGUCACUGAUGGGCCACACACUUGCAGUUGUUACCUUAUAUGUUGGAGCUAACCGGCUCUAUUCAGGGUCCAUGGACAAAUCCAUAAAAGUUUGGAACCUUGAGAAUCUUCAGUGUAUACAAACCCUCACGGAUCAUACAUCAGUUGUGAUGUCUCUCAUCUGCUGGGAUCAGUUCCUUUUGUCUUGCUCAUUAGACAACACAGUCAAGAUAUGGGCUGCAGUUGAAGGCGGCAACUUGGAAGUUACAUACACUCACAAAGAAGAACAUGGAGUGUUAGCUUUAUGUGGUGUACAUGAUGCAGAAGCCAAGCCUAUUUUGUUGUGUUCUUGCAACGACAAUACCUUGCGUCUCUACGACCUACCUUCAUUUACGGAGAGAGGCAAAAUCUUUGCAAAGCAAGAGAUAAGGUCAAUCCAGAUAGGUCCAGGUGGCAUAUUUUUCACGGGUGAUGGAACCGGUCAAGUUAAAGUAUGGAAGUGGUCCACUGCACCAGCCGCAGCUAUGUCUUGA